AAGAUUAAUAGACUCGCCGGUCCUCGUCGUCUCCAGUCAGCUGGCGAGUCGCUUGAGUCGUUGGACGGGCUCUGUCGCCGUGAAAGUGAAACUUUUCAAGAAUCUCUUGUCACAAUCCUACCAAUAAAAUGAGGACUUCCAUUAAUCGGCCUCCGACGCCCGAACCGGAGGAUGAUCGAGAACAGCAGCCUACUUUUCAAGAAACAAUCAAUAUCAAGCUGAUUGAAAGUGGCGAAAAGGAACGGUUAAAAGAGCUUUUGAGAGAAAGGCUCAUCGAAUGCGGCUGGAAAGAUGAGAUGAAAGCACUUUGCAGGGCGUAUGUAAGGAAGAAAGGAAGGAACAAUGUUAGUGUUGAUGACCUUGUGCAGGUCAUUACUCCUAAAGGCAGAGCUUCAGUUCCAGAUUCUGUGAAAGCCGAACUGCUGCAGCGCAUCCGAACUUUCCUUGCAUCAACAGCCAUCUGACAUACACAAGAAGAUUGCAAGCCGCUAAAAGAGUAUCUCCUUCAUCCCCUUACCCUUACUAAACCAGCUAAAACCACUUAUUCUACACUAUAUAUGGAAUUGGUUUGGACUUUUUCUUAUAAAAUUAGAUUGCUUCUGCUGGAGAAUCCAAGUCAAGUUCCAUUUUCGGGUUGCUGAGGAUGAUGAUGCAUUGUGUAAACUUCAUACGCUGUCAACAAAAUCCUGAUUGGUGAGUGUUUUGUUGUAUAAUGCAGGUAAAAAGGUAGCUGUUUGAGUUUUAUUUAGUACACUGGACACUGAAACACAAUGAUAACUCUGUUUUACCGAAUAGUUGGUCUGUUGUAACUCUUGAUUUGGCUACUUUGAUGGUGUACUAUGUCUUUCGAUUUGUUCAAUUGCUUGCAGCUGCAACUGUCAACUUCUCUUA